GUCCCUGGGUCCCGCCGCCCCGGCUCUGUGGGCUGCACUGCAGGGCAGGUGGAGCUGUCCUGGGAGCUGGCUGGACGGCUCCGUGGGGCCCCCUCACGCCGGACCGUGUGGGGCCUGAGGUGCCCCCAGGACCCCAGCCACCAUGGCUGCCCGGAGGAGCCCCUGGUGGUUGCUGGGGUGGCUGGCCUUGGUGCUGGCUGCCCGCCUGCAGAGCCUGGCGGAGAAGUCCCCGGGUGCCUACUUCCUCCCGGAGUUUGCGCUGUCCCCACAGGGCAGCUUUCUGGAGGACACGACAGGCGAGAGGUUCCUCACGUACCACGACGACGACCAGGCCGCCCGGGACAUGCGCUCGGGUGAACGGGAAGACAGCAACUGGGACGCCUGGGGGGCCUGGAGCGACUGCUCACGCACCUGUGGGGGCGGGGCCUCCUACUCCCUACGCAGGUGCCUGGUGGGCAGAAGCUGCGAAGGGCAGAAUAUCCACUACAAGACGUGCAGCAACCACGACUGUCCCCCGGACGCCGAGGAUUUCCGCGCCCAGCAGUGCUCCGCCUACAACGACGUGCCGUACCAGGGCCGCCACUACGAGUGGCAGCCGCUCCCGGACGACCCCAAGGCGCCCUGUGCCUUGCGCUGCAGGGCCCGUGGCCAGAGCGUGGAGGCCGAACUGGCCCCCAAGGUGCUGGACGGGACCCGCUGCCGGGCCGGCUCUCUGGACAUGUGCAUCAGCGGCAUCUGCCAGGCGGUGGGCUGUGACCGGAAGCUGGGCGGCAGCGCCAAGGAGGACGUCUGUGGCGUGUGCGGAGGCGAUGGCUCCGCCUGCCGGCUGGUGCAGGGACAAGCCAAGGCCCACGUGUCCCCUGAGAAAAGGGACGAGGCUGUUGUCACCGUCCCACUGGGCAGCCGAGGUGUGAAGAUCUCCGUCAAGGGCCCGGCCCAGCUCUUCAUUGAAUCAAAGACCCUGCAGGGGAGCAGAGGUGAGCACACCUUCUCCAGCCCCGGGCUGUUUGUGAUAGGAAACAGCACGGUGGAGUUCCGGGGCGGCCCCGAGCGGCAGGCCUUCCAGAUUCCGGGGCCCCUGCAGGCUGACUUCCUCUUCAAGACCAGGCCCCAGACGCCCAGGGAUGGCGUGGUGCACUUCUCCUUCUACCAGCCCAUCAGCCACCACUGGAGGCAAACAGACUUCUUCCCCUGCACUGUGACCUGUGGUGGAGGCUACCAGCUCAGCUCGGCCGAGUGUGUGGACACCAGACUGCAGCGCGUGGUCCCCAACCACUACUGCCACUACUACCCGGAGAACGUGAAGCCCAAGCCCCGGCUGCGGGAGUGCGGCAUGGAGCCCUGUCCGUCCAGCGACGGCUUUAAGGAGAUCAUGCCCUACGACCACUUCCAGCCCCUCCCUCGCUGUCUCUCUCUAAGAAAUAAAGAGCAUUUAAAAACAAAUAAACAAGAGAAAGCAGAAAGCAGCUGGGGCCCAGGGCUGUGCUGGCGUCCGUCUCUGUGUCUGAGUAACAGGUCGUGCCGUGUGCUUGCUCUGAGCUGGGAGCACAGCCCCUGGACGGCGUGCUCGGCCUCCUGUGGCGGCGGGACCCAGCAGCGCAGCUCCGUGUGCGUGGAGGAGUCGGCGCAGGGCGAGGUGCUGCAGGUGGAGGACUGGAAGUGCAUGUACACGCCGAGCCCCCAGGCCACGCAGCCCUGCAACCUCUUCCACUGCCCCCGGUGGGCCGCCCUGGAGUGGUCGCAGUGCACGGUGACCUGCGGCCAUGGGCUGCGCUACAGGGUGGUGCUCUGCCUGGACCACCGCGGCCAGCACGUGGGCGGCUGCAGCCCGCAGCAGAAGCCGCACGUCAAGGAGGACUGUGUAGUGUCCACGCCCUGCCACAGGCCCAGAGAGAAAAGUCCGGUGGAAGCAAAGCUGCCUUGGCAGAAGCAAGCUCUCAAGCUGGACCAGCCCAGGACAGCCCCAGAGAAGCCCACGUUUGUCCCUGAGCCCUGGUCUGCCUGCAGCAGCACCUGUGGCCCCGGCAUCCAGGUGCGGGCAGUGCACUGCCUGGCACAGCUCAACUUCACACGGGCAGAGGCAGAGCUGCCCACCGAGGAGUGCCAGGGCCCUGCGCCGCCCACCCAGCGGCCCUGCCUCCUCCGGGCCUGCCGCCAGAGCCCCUCCACCCUGGAGCCUCCCCGCCCGACUCACGGCCACAGCCGGGCCACCUACGGCUGGGAGUACGCCGGCUUCACGCCCUGCUCCACCACCUGUCUGGGAGGCUCCCAGGACGCCAUAGCCGUGUGCCUGCACAGCCACACCCAGCAGACGGUCAACGACACCUUGUGUGACGCGGCCCACCGGCCCCCCGCCAUGAGCCGAGCUUGUAACACGGAGCCCUGCCCACCCAGGUGGCGUGUGGGCCCCUGGAGAUCCUGCUCGGCCAGCUGCGGUGUGGGCAUCCAGAGCAGAGAUGUGCAGUGCCCGCACCCCCCCAGACCCCCCGGGCCCCCCGGCGUCCUGCCCUCCUGCUCUGGUGAGAAGCCCCAUGUCCUGCGUGCCUGCAGCCAGUUCGACUGCCCGCCUGCCUGGCAUGUGGAGGACUGGCAGCAGUGCUCCAGGACCUGCGGCCUGGGCGUCCAGCAGCGCAGGGUCACCUGCCGGCAGCAGCUGAUGGGUGGCAGCCUCCAGAGCCUGGCGGACGAGCGGUGCCCGCGCCCCCCUCCCGCGUCCCGCAAGGCCUGCGCCCGGGCUGACUGCCCACCCCUGAGGGCCCUGGGGGGCUGGUCCAAGUGCUCUGUCAGCUGUGGGGUGGGGACCCAGAGCAGGAAGCAGGUGUGUCAGAGGCUGACUGCCCAAGGCCGCCGCGUCCCCGUGGAGGAGGCGCUCUGUGGGGGCCGUGCGAGGCCCGCUGUGGUCGUGAGGCCCUGCCAAAUGCCAGCAUGCGAGGGCGCUGCCGCGCGGGGCCCCGAGGUGCUCAUCCAGACGCGGGUGCAGGGGCGGGUGCGGCUGACGGUGGGCGGCCAGGCCUACCUGCUUCCUGGGGCCUCGGUGUUGCUGCGCUGCCCCGUGCAGGGCUUCCGAGAGGCCGCCGUCCGCUGGGAGAGGGACGGCCGCCGUCUGCCACCAUCCCCGAGCCUCCGUGUCACGCCCGCUGGCGCCCUGCUUUUCCGAAGCCUGGCGCCGCCUGAAGCCGGCGAGUACUGGUGUGUGGCGGGUGCAGCCCGGGCCUCCAUCGUCCUCCGGCUCCUGGGCCCGGCGCUGGACCGGGAUGCCCCGUGGAGGCGGGUGGUGCUGGAGGCCGGGCAGCCGCUCCUGAGGACCCUUCUGGGCCCCCAUGGUCUCCCUGAGGGCACCCAAGGGCCCCGGGGGCCGGGGUACGCCCAGCUGGAGGCGGCGGUGAGACAAGGUGCCUUCCGCAUGGACGCUGCCCAGUUUGAGGAGCUAACCAGGAACCUGAGCCGGCUGCUGCCCCCAGGGGAACCCCCCGACGGCCUGGCUGCCCAGCUCAUCUUCCAGCUGGUGGCCGCGCUGGCCGCUGGACCCUGGACGGACACCGGGGGAGACAGGACGCCCGCCGCCCAGCUGAGGGGGCACACGGCACACGGGCCCCGAAUCCGCCAGGUGGAAGCCCCCCACGGGCUGAACCUCAGGCCAGCGGGACCCUCGCUCGCUCAGACCCCCCAAAUCUCCCUUAAUGAGACGGUGGAGUCCAGAGUCGGGGAGCCCGUGUACCUCACGGCCGGCACCCAAGCCGUCUCUCUGCGGUGUGAGCUCCAUGCCCCACCGGGGGCCACCUACACGUGGACCAAGGAUGGGGCGCCCCUGCCCCCCUCAGAGAGGGUCUCCUGGGAUGGGCUGGGAGAGCUGAGGAUCCGGAGCCCCCGGAGAGAGGACCAAGGGACCUAUGGGUGCACCUCCUCAGCUGUGCUGGGCACCACCCGACACUCCACUCUGCUGUUCGCAGAGGCACCUGUCAUCUUAUCUAUUGAAAGAAACAUCAGCAGGCCGGAGCUCAGCCACCUGUCCGUCGUGGUUGGAGGCAUGGUGGAGGCAGCUGAGAGAACCACUGUGAUGAUCCAGUGUCCUGCCAAAGGCGUGCCUGUCCCCACCAUCACCUGGCGCAGGCAAGGAGCCUCUCUGGGAGAUGCCAUCUCUCUCCUCAACGGGUCCCUGCUGGUACAGAGCCUGUCCCCCCAGCUGCAGGGCACCUAUGUCUGCAUGGCCAGCAAUGUCCUCGGCGAGGCCACGGCUGCCUCGGCGCUGGUCCUGCUGGAACAGAGGCCACCCGUUGGCGACACUGUGCUUCCCGAGGCCCAGAGGAAGCUGCGGCUGUGGGCGCUCGGCCUCCGUCGCCCGGGUGCAGAGACCUUCUGGGAGCCAGGGAACUGGACGCACUGCUCUGCCACCUGUGGCCACCUGGGCGUCCGCCUGCAGAGACCCCGGUGCAUGAGGGCCCUCGGGCAGGAGGUGCGGGAGGCACUGUGUGCACACCUGCAGAAGCCGCCCAGAGCCCUGAAUCCCUGCCACACCCGGGACUGCCCGGCCAGGUGGGUGACGAGCGCAUGGUCCCCCUGCUCUGUGUCUUGCGGUGACGGUGUGCACGGCCGGCAGGUGACAUGCAGGCGCACCAGGGCCGAUGGCAGCGAGCAGGAGCUGGCGCCUCAGGCCUGCAGCCCCAGCGACAGGCCCCUGGGGAGAAGGCCCUGCUCUAGCGCCCCCUGUGCUCAGCAGGUCCUGAGAGCAGAGGGCCAGUGUCCUGCACGUUGCCGGGCCCCCAGGCUGCCUCCCGCGGUCUGUCCACACAGAGUCGACUCAGGCUCCGGCAGCGAGGACCACAGGCCCGUGAGGGGGAACUGUUCGGCCUCGACCUGCGAUGGGUGCUGGCGCCUUGGGCCCUGGAGGUCCUGCCUUGCUGCCUGCCCUGGGGGCAUCCAGUCACGCAGGGUGGACUGUGUCCAUGCCGGGAGCUGCCGGCUGGUGGCCGAGGGCCGCUGCGUGCUCAGCAAGAAGCCCACCUCCUGGCGACGGUGCCCAGGCCUCUCACAGGUAGCUGCGCCUGCACCUGCCAGCACGGAGCCCUCCUAGCGCCCACUGCCAGGCUCCACCCACAGAGCUGCCGUCAAGAUUCCACAACCCUGUCGAGCUCCUCCCCCCACCCCCGUGCCUCUCGCCCAGUGUCCAGGCCUCGGAGGAGGGAGGAGGCAGGGCCGCCACUGGCCCUGGCUGUGCAUGGGGAGCCAGAGCUGGGGCCAGAACUGACACAGCAUGGCCACCAUCCUGUCCCGGAUGCCCGGGGCCUGUCCCCCAUGUGCCGUCUAACAGCAUCUCAGGUCAGCUGUCCUGGGGCAGCGUGGCAGCCUGCUGCCCACGCUCACCUGCCCUCACCUGGGGAAAGGCUCUCUCUGCACAGCCCCCCAGGGAGCCACAGGGGCUGCUGGACGCCCUGCAGAGGGCGUCCAGCACGCUCCCACAAGUCCCAACUCUGUGCCUCUGCCUGUGGCUGACAGAGGCUCCUAGGGCAGCACUGGGGAGGGAGGCUGGAUCCCUGUGUCUGAGGGUCCACAUCUUUACGCGCUGUGAAUGACCCAAGCUGACGACUGGAGCAGACAGGAAGGCCGAGGCUCAGCCCAGUGCCCUGAGGACUUGUCUUCUGGAACACUCGGAAGGCAGGACAGCAGACAGCAGGAAGAACUGUCCGUGGGGGACCCUCGGCCUCCAACCCCUAGACCCCUGGCAGAGAGCCGUCUGUCCAGGCUGGUCUGUCCUCCCUCUGCUGUGAGCCAGUGUUUGCUCAAUUCAGGGUGAGGGAGGGAGAGGAUGAGGCUGGGGCAGGCCUGGGACUGGCUGAAAGACUGGAAGUCGAGGCUGGGAUGGGUCUAAGGGUGACGGGUGGGCCCGCGUCGGGGUCCGGCAGAGCUUGGUGAGGAAGGCUGGGAGGAUGUUAAUUAGCAGAGUGGGGGGGCUCCUUACGUACACCCUGUGGGUCAUGGCUUUAGCUGGUGCACAGCCCCCCGAAGUGGUUGGACCCUGGAACCCAGGGCCCCUGGCAGCCACAGCACCACAGAGCAGUUCUUACUCUGUUGUGUGGAGAGAGGGAGGGAGAGACGCCACAGCUUGGCUCCAGCCUCCCUGGAGUCCUCCCUGAUGUUGUCCACGGUGCUCCUGAGUGGUGCUGGGACUCAGACCCAGGACUUUGUGCACCGUGAAGCAUGCGCUCUACCAGGGGAAGCCAGCUGGCAGCCUUCCAGCUUCAUCGCUCAGUCACAGAGUAGGAUGUGGCCCUGAGCAUGGCCGGCGGGUGCACUGCCUGCCCUUGCUGGUGGAGCGUCUUAGAUCAAGGCGGCCCCUCCCCUCCGUAGGCUGCUCCUUGUACACACGGUUGGUCCCACCUGCUUUAAAGGAGCUGUACUCCCCACGCAGCAGACAGAGCGGGCCUUGCGGGGGGGGGGGGGGUCCUCUGGGGAGCUGCCUUGCCCAGAGCUGCCCCUUACUGUGUCUGGCGUGGCUGUUCUGCCCUUGGGAUGAGGCUUUUCCCGGCGACGGUCCUGUGUACUGUGUCACCGCAAGCUGCUGUCAUUUCCCCAGAAAUAAACAUCCUCGGCUA